AUGCAACCAAUGAACAGCACUAAUUUAAGUAACUCUUUUGUUAUGAAUAAUGAAGAUAUUCAACAUAUGGUAAUAAUUGAGGAGUCAAUUAACUCACACUUAAAGAAAGAAUUAGAAUUAAUUAAAGCAAAUAUUAGUUAUCUUGAUAUUAUUCAUUUAUAUUCAAGUUGUAAUAAAACACAAGAACCAACAGUGAUUGGAUUUCCUUUUACAAUUAAAUUUAAAGAGUCUCAACAAAAUCCCCAUUUUUUUAAUGCUCCAUCUAUUCCAUAUUUACCAACAACAGCAGAAAAACAUUUAAAAGUAUUAAACAUCAUUAAAAAACAGAAUGAUCUUAUCAAAGAAAUGAAAAGAAUGACAGAACAAUUCUAUGAAGACAAAGGAAUACAAGAUGAAAAGAAGCCUAAGAAAAGAAUAACACGAAAAGAGAAAAAAGAAAUUAUUAUAAAACAGAAUGAUGAUAGUGGUGAUCAAUCAAAUACUAUAGAAGAUAAAAUGUCAUUUAAUCAAUUUCCUAUUAAUGAUAAUAUUCUUCAAAAAUCUCAAGAAGGGUCAAGUCAUCAUAAAAGUGAUAAUUUAUUAAGUACAAUAGAAGAUUAUGAAAGUAUAGAAAGUAAAAAAGAAGAUAAAAGUAAAGAAAUAGAAGGAAGUGAAGAGAAUGAUAAAACUGAAAAAGAAGAAGGAGAAUGGAUGAAUAAAGAAAUUAACAAAAAUCCAAUUAUACCAGAACAACCUAAAGAAAAAAAACAUCAACGUAAAAGAAAAUUAAGAAGUGCAGAAGAACGAAAACCUUCAAUGAAAUUUACAAUGUUAGAACAAGAAAAAGAAGAUUUAAAAAAGAAAAUAGUUAAAGAAAAAAAAAGAGAAGAAACAUCACGUAAUAAUGUAGUUUCUCAGUCUACUUCAAUACAACCUCCAUUAAGAAUGGUACAAAAAAGUAAUGAAUCUAAAAAAUCUUUAUUAGAAGACCAUUUAAGAAUUAUAAGUAAAAUGAUGCAUUCUGAUAAAAAAGAUUCAUCAAAAAAUAAAUCAAAAGAUUCCUCUUUAAAUACUCAAAAAACUUUAGAAGAUAGAUUAAAAGAAUUACCAAAAAGAAUGCCUAAUCCAAAACAAGCUUAUGGUGAUUCUGGACUUAUUAGUCAAAUUACUAAAUUUUGUACAAGUUCUGAUACUACAUCAAAUGCAAUUCGAGUUGGUGAUCAAACACCAAGAAAAUCAAUUCCUAAAGCCCCUUUAUUAAAUUCUUUAAAUACUAGUUCAAUUGAUGAUGUUGUAUCUCCAAAUAAAGGAAUUGAUUUGGUUCAUCCUCUUAUAGAACAAAAUAGUCUUCUCAAAAAACAAGAGGAACAUCACUAA